AUGUCUUCCAUUGAGACAGUUAUCAUGCCCAAUACAUCCUCCUCUAGCAUCCUUGCCGGCGCAGAAGACCAAGACAUAAUGAUAACAUACCCGCUCACCCGCGUAUGGGCCAACACGCCAUUAAUCGUGCCAACUUCCAACACAGCCUCGACUUCUCUCCGGCACCACCACCACCACAAUCGCCGUGCAAACGCACACGAAGACGAAGAAGACGAAGACAUGCAUUUGUGCACCCUCGCUUUGUGCACCGUCGACAGCGUCGACUUGAUUCGAAGGGAUACGGCGGAGCGGAAUACGCGCAGGAGCAGCGCGAGCAGUCGGACUGCGAGCGAGAUUAAAGGCAAGGUUGGGGGGCUGGUCGGCGUUUUGAAUCAGAAGGUUAGGGGCUGGGUGAGGCGGUUGUCGUGUAAGAUGUAG